AUGGGCUUAUUCGGAGCUUCCAUCUUCCCUCGGGGAGAAUUUACGGAAUAUUUGAUGAGUGACGAAUGUCUGGUACCGGCUCAUCUCACAGAAGUCGAACAACCGUUCAUUGGGAACAUGACCUUCUACCACUUCAACUUGAUUGUCUCUGGCGUAUGCACAUUAAUCACCUUGGUAUUAAUUCUGAGUCUCAUGGUAGAGCAUUCUACCCACUGCAGCGUUCCUAGCGAACAAGUCAAAAUUAUGAGAAUCGUUCACAUGCUGCCCGCCUUCUCAACAACCUCUUUUCUGUCCAUUGCCUUUCCCAACUCCUACGUUUAUUUAGAAGGAUUCACCGAAUUCUACCAGGCCCUCGCGCUUUACGCAUUCCAUAUGCUCUUGAUCGAAUUCGUCGCGCCGAGUGAGCGAAAACGCGAGGAGUUCUUUGGAAACCUGAAGGUGAAGAAGAUCUUUAGAAAGAAUCAGUACAGGGACGGUGUUUCCUGGCUGAAGCUUAGCUACUAUAGCACAUUGCAAUACCCGAUCGUCGCCUUAUUUGUCGCCAUCGCUCAAUGUAUCACUGCAGCUUUCAAUCGGUACUGUCUUGGUUCCAAUCAACCAGCUUUCGCCCAUCUCUGGCUCGAGCUCAUUCAAGAGGUCUCCGUAACCAUCGCCAUCAACGCCGUCAUCCGAUUCUACGCAAACACAAAAAACUAUAUGAAAGAGCACAAGCCAUUGAUGAAACUCCUAUCAUUCAAAAUGAUGGUCGGUCUCAUUUUCCUUGAACAGGUCCUCUUCAUGGUCCUCGAAUCCUCAAAGGUCUUCAAACAAACCCCCAAGCUCAGCUACGCAGAUGUCCACACCGGUAUUCCCACAAUGGUAAUCUGCGUCCAAAUGGUGCCCUUCGCAUUCUUCAUCCGCUACGCAUUCAACACAAAAGUCUACCGCGUCCAACACUCCCCCAGCGAUCCCGAGCAAAAGUACGCACAGAUCAACGAGCAAGGUCGGCCCGUCCCACGCGCCUACCAGGGCGGUCCGUUCGGAGUCUACGCGUGGCUCGCGUACUUCAAUCCCAUGGAGUACAUCCGAGAGGUGCAGUCUAUGUACCGCACUUUACACCAUGUUCAUGUGCGCCAUCACAAACGCAUCUAUAAGGAGGAGGUCGAGGGCAACGCUACCAGUGAGGAUAGUGAAUCUGAGCAGUUGGUCGGUGUCAACCAGCAACAGGCGCUGAGUGCACAGACUAGCCACGAAAUGAGCGUGCACAAUGAGUCGUUCGAGCAGGUUCGGCUUUCCCAGGCUCAGCCUCUAAUGCCGGAGGUGCAGUACCCCGCGCAACCACAUUAUGGAAAUGAGGGAUUUGAGCAGCCGCUAUAUGGGCAGGAGGGGUUUGAGCAGCCGCAAUAUGGACAGGAUGUACCUGCACAUGAGCAUCCUCAGUAUGGACAGCAUGUAUCUUCACAUGAGCAUCCGCAGUAUGGUCAGUAUGGCCAAGCAGAUAACGGAUAUUCACAAGAGUAUAGGCGGUCAUAUAACUAG